AGUGGCGGGCAUGUGAGCGCCAUCUGACUCUCAAUCUCUCUCUCUCUCCACUGGGUUUCUUCUGCUUCCCACCUUUUUUGAUUUUUAUUCAAUUUUCUUCCUCCUCUUGAAUCUUGAUCAGCCCUAAUUGACAAUUUCGUCGCUCUCUGCGACAAUGUCUGGGACUAGCUCAAGGUCUCAGAGAUCGUCGAGCAGCGUCUCGCCGUUCCGGUCCAGGAAGUCACCGGCGGUGCCACCAGCUGUGCCGUCUGUAGCAAAGAGCGGCGGCAGGCCGACUACUCCUUCAUCGUCUCGGCCUCCGCCGAAGCUCUCGGUCUCACCUGCUACUUCUAUUAACUCGACGACGACGCUGGACCGGUCUGAUUUUACUAAAGCCAAGGAGAAUGUCACUGUCACCGUCAGGUUUCGGCCUCUCAGUGCUCGGGAGAUAAAUAAGGGGGACGAAAUAGCUUGGUAUGCUGAUGGAGAUUACACUGUUCGGAACGAGUACAAUUCUUCCGUUGCUUAUGGGUUUGAUAGAGUAUUUGGACCAGCAACAACGACUCGCCAUGUUUAUGAUGUUGCUGCUCAGCAUGUUGUAAGUGGUGCCAUGCAAGGAAUAAAUGGCACAGUAUUUGCUUAUGGUGUUACUAGCAGUGGAAAGACUCAUACAAUGCAUGGAGAGCAAAAAUCACCUGGAAUCAUUCCCUUGGCGGUGAAAGAUGUUUUUGGAAUUAUACAAGAGACUCCUGGGCGGGAAUUUCUUCUUCGUGUUUCUUAUCUGGAAAUAUACAAUGAGGUUAUUAAUGACUUGCUUGAUCCCACAGGGCAGAAUCUAAGAAUACGGGAAGAUGCUCAGGGAACUUACGUUGAGGGCAUUAAAGAGGAAGUUGUUCUCUCCCCUGCUCAUGCCCUUUCUUUGAUAGCAUCUGGGGAAGAGCACAGGCAUGUGGGUUCUAACAACUUUAAUUUACUUAGCAGUCGGAGCCACACUAUUUUUACUUUGACUAUUGAAAGCAGCCCACAUGGUGAAAAUCAAGGGGAGGAAGAUGUGACCUUGUCUCAAUUGAAUUUAAUUGACCUUGCGGGGUCUGAAAGUUCUAAAACUGAAACUACUGGAUUGCGGAGAAAAGAAGGCUCAUAUAUAAACAAAAGCUUGCUUACUCUAGGGACUGUGAUUUCUAAAUUAACAGAUGGCAAGGCUACACAUAUUCCUUAUCGAGAUUCAAAACUUACCCGUUUGCUACAGUCUUCUCUUAGUGGUCACGGAAGAAUUUCUCUUAUCUGUACCGUGACACCUGCAUCUAGUAAUAGUGAAGAGACGCACAAUACAUUAAAAUUUGCACAUAAGUGCAAGCAUGUGGAGAUUAAAGCUUCUCAAAAUAAGAUUAUGGAUGAGAAGUCUCUCAUUAAGAAGUAUCAGCGGGAAAUUUCCAGCUUAAAGCAAGAGCUCCAGCAAUUAAAGCGUGGUAUGAUGGAAAACCCAUAUUUGGUUUCAUCCAACCAAGAAGAUCUGCUUAAUUUAAAGCUUCAGCUCGAAGCUGGUCAAGUCAAAUUGCAGUCCAGAUUGGAAGAGGAGGAACAAGCUAAGGCAGCUUUGAUGGGAAGAAUUCAAAGGUUGACAAAGCUAAUAUUGGUUUCCACAAAAAAUACAAUAUCAUCAAGUAUUCCUGAGAAGGCUGGCCAUAGAAGAAGGCACUCCUUUGGAGAAGAUGAGCUCGCAUAUUUGCCAGAUAGAAAACGGGAAUACAUGAUUGAUGAGGAUGCAGGUAGCCUUGAUUCAGAGUUUUCAGCAGAAGGAAGAUGUGAUGCCAGUAAUCUGGAUGAGUUGGUUAAGGAUGACAGAAAGAAUAGAAAGCGCGGAAUGCUUGGCUGGUUUAAGCUGAAGAAGCCUGAGCACCUUAAUGGAUUAUCACCUAUUGUUGAUAGUGAAAGUUCUGCUAGUGGAUCACCUGCAUCAUCACGGCCAUUGCAACAUAAAAUUCAAUUGGGGGACAUGAAAGAGGGGAGGAGAAAAUCAGUGAGUAGAAGGGGUGAUGAUCAUCCAAUUAUUGAUUCAUUUCCAGAAAGAACCCAAGCAGGUGACUUAUUUAGUGCAACUGUUAGAGGGCGCCGUUUGCCACCAACUGGGACCACUAUUACGGAUCAAAUGGAUCUACUCCGAGAGCAAGUGAAAAUGUUAGCUGGGGAGGUAGCCUUGUGUACUAGCUCUUUGAAAAGAUUGUCAGAGCAAGCAGCCAGCAAUCCUGAAGAUACAAAUAUUCGGGAGCAUAUGCAGAAGUUGAAGGAUGAAAUCAGUGAAAAGAAGCUUCAAAUGCGUGUACUUGAGCAACGGAUGCUUGGUUCAAUUGAGACAACUCCAAAUACAUCAAAUAGCAUUGAAAUGUUUCAGGCUUUGUCAAAGCUUGCCAGUCAACUAAAUGAAAAAACAUUUGAGCUUGAGAUUAAAUCAGCAGAUAAUAGGAUUCUUCAGGAGCAGCUGCAGAUGAAGAUCUCUGAGAACAGUGAGAUGCAAGAAACAAUUCUUUUGCUAAGGCAACAACUCAAUUCUUUAGCAGAUGGAAGUUCUAGCCAUCCAAAACAAAUUGCAGAUAAUGAGGCUACCAUGCUUAGGAACUGUUCUGAUGAACCAUUACAAGAAAAUGGUGGAUUGAAGGACAAGGUUGGCACAUAUGAAGAAUCCUUCCUUGAUGGGAGUACACCCACAAGUGUCAUGAACUUGAAUGGCAUAUUCUCUGAAGAAGAUUCCAGAGGGUGUAAAAGUGAUACAUCUUUGAAUUCUCAAGUUCUUAUGCAGGCUGCUGAGAUUGAGAAUCUGAAGCAAGAGAAGGUGAGAUUGACAGAAGAAAAGGAUGGACUUGAAAUUCAAAGCCGUAAGCUUGCUGAGGAAGCAUCAUAUGCCAAGGAGUUGGCUGCAGCUGCAGCUGUUGAACUUAGGAAUUUAGCUGAAGAAGUAACUAAACUUUCUUAUGAAAAUGCCAAGUUAACUGGUGACUUGGCUGCAGCAAAAGAAACCCAGUGCAGAUCACAUGCUUGCCAUAGGCACACCUCAUUUGACUGUAAGCAAGAUCACAUUGGUGUUGCAAGGCCUGAUGCAUGUCCACGAAAAACAGAGGAUGUUGCUUUGGUUGAGAAGUUACAAAAGGAGCUUAGUGCAAGAUGUCAGAGAGAAGCUUCUUUGGAGGCUGCAUUAUCUGAGAGAGAUCACAUAGAAGAGGAGCUGCAUAAAAAACUAAAUGAGGCAAAAAAGCGAGAAGAGGAGUUAGAAAAUGAGCUUGCAAAUAUGUGGGUGCUUGUUGCUAAGAUGAAGAAGAAUAACAUCAGUUCUGUGGAAGCCUCGCUUGAGGGGGCACACAUACCUGAUGUAUCACCAAGAAUUAUAAAUGGCUUUCCUUCAUCCAAUGGUCAUACAAGUAAGAUGUCUAAAAUAGAUGACAAUUAUGCCAGCAUGGAUGAAUUGAGUACAUUGGAAGAAGUAAGAGCUUGCUAUGAAAAAGAAAGAAGAAGAUGCAAGGAACUGGAAAAUGUUAUUUCCAGAUUAAAGAGUGAGAACCUUGUUGGUCUGGAUAUCACUGCUCUUGAAGAGCUUCAGAACCUUCAUGUAGAGGCAAUUACCAAGAUAUGCCAUGCAAAGUGUUCAAGUCAUAUUCUAUAGCAUGUCAAGGUUUCUUCAUCAUUCGAAUACUUCGGAAAAUAACAUAAUAUUCUGGUCAUUGAGGUUAUGGAAAUUUCAUGAUCCUCGAGAUGCCUCUGUACAUUCAUGCACAUAGUAAUUAAUUUGUUUGGGCGGUCAAUUUCCAUCAGACUUUUGGAGGGAGAUGUAGAUGAUUUUCAUCCUAUAUCAUAUAUCCAAUUUGAAGCAACAGUCAACGCUUGGUAAGACAACAUCUUAUUUGUAACAAACAAUUUCUGUAAUCGAAGGUUGUACUAGUUGACAAACUUUUAUCUUCUCUUGUAGAGAGACGGAAAAGAAGGAAAAACAAGGUGUUCCCAUACAUGUAUGUAUUUUAAGUAUAAGGAGAAAGUCCUAGUCUAUCUUCUGUUCAUUUUGUAAUAUGUACAUGUUGGUACUCUGCAUCUAUUUUGUCCUCUCGUAAGGCUUAAGUUGCUCAA